AUACGUUUCGAUAUUGUGGACAGAAAAACUGGUGAACCAUUGGACCACCCUUUAUUUUUCAAGAUAAAGGUUAGAGAUAUUAAUGACAACGCACCGGAGUUUCCCAAGGAGGAAUAUAACAUUACAAUCCGAGAGAACCACAGGAGGGAUGAGCCAGUUUUCCAAGUUACUGCCUUGGACAAAGAUGAAGGUGGCUCUGCGAAUUCUCAGGUGUCCUAUUCUCUAAGUAUGCAAAUACCCCUUCCAGAUGGAUUCACAUUUACUAUUGAUCCUACCACAGGAUCAAUACUUCUGUCGGAAUGCCUGGAUUACAAGACUGCCAGCUCUUUCAAACUUCUGAUUAAAGCCAGUGACCAUGGAUCUCCUCAGCUCUCAUCUACUGCAACAGUGAACAUAGCUGUUGAAGAUGCAAACAACCACCUCCCUGUAUUUACUAGUGAUAAUGACCAGCUGCAAAUUUCAGCAGGUCAAGAACAUCCAGCUGUAUUACGGCUCCAGGUGGAAGACAAAGACUCUCCCAACACUCCAGCUUGGAGAGCAAAAUACAGAGUAACAGAAGGCAAUGAGAAGGAACAGUUCACCAUCGAGACAGAUCCAGACACAAAUGAAGGCGUUUUGAGUAUCAUUGAGCCUCUCAGCUAUGAAGAUGACUCUGAGAUGAGACUUGUCAUUUCUGUAUCAAAUGAAGAACCUUUCUUCUUGUGUAAAAAUGGCAUUGUGACGAUUUCAAGCCUAGAAUCAACUAAUACAACUGUGAACAUCAAGGUCUUGCAACCACAACGAGCUCCUAGGUUUCAUCCUCCUAUACUUAUUGUCCAAGAGGAAGAUUCUAUGAAACCUGGGAGGGUAUUUAGAAGAUAUCCUGCCACAUAUCCAGGUGAUGUGCCAAAUAAGAUAAAAUACGAACUAGCCCAUGACCCAGAUGGUUGGCUGAGUGUGGAUGAGAGUUCUGGAGUUCUUACUGUGGAAAAAGAAUUUGAUCAAGAAUCCCCUUACCUGAACAACAGCCUGUAUACCAUUAUUGUUCAUGCUAUUGAUCAUGGUAUUCCACCACAGACUGGUACUGGCACCAUCCUGCUUUACUUGUCAGACAUUAAUGAUCAUAUGCCAACAUUAGUGGCUCCUUCUUUGUAUGUGUGUAACAAAAAAGAAGGGGUGCCUCUCCUUAUAAAAGCUAAGUCUGCUCUAGUCCACUUACAUUCUGGGCCGUUUACAUUUGAGCUGGCUGAACACUCUGAAGAUGUGAAGCAUAACUGGAAAUUAGGAAGAAACUUUGGGGACUCAGUUGAACUUCUAAUGUUAAGAAGCCUCCCACAAGGCAGCUACUUGGUGCCCAUCAUUAUUCAGGACAGGCAAGGAUUUUCCACAAGGCAGAAUCAGCAUGUUAGGGUCUGCUUUUGCCCAGAUGGACAUACAUGUAAAGAUUCACCACUUCUACAGCCAGCAGUGAGACUUGGAGGUGGUGCCAUUGCAAUAAUACUGAUGGCUUUCUUCUUACUGCUGGUUUCCAGUAUUCUGAUUUGCCGGUUUUAUGUGCCUGGAUCUAAAAGCAAAGCUAUUAUUCCACCUCAAGAAGGUGAACAGACUUUAAUCAACUAUAAUGAAGAGAGCAGAAUGCCUUUAUCUCAUGCUGAGCUGGAUAUUACAGAUCAUGCUGCUCUACCACCUGUGGCUGUGGAGGCUGGAAGAGAAGUGGUUGCUGAGGAUGACCAGUCCACAAGUUAUGAGACAUUCAGAGUAAGACACCUUGAUCGCAUCACACAGACAGUGGACAAAAUACUGGGUGAGAAAAUAUAUUACCAAAACACUCUGGAAGAUAAUGGGGCCAUCUAUGAACCUUGCAUAUAUGCUGAGGAAGGAGAACUAGAGCAAAGUAACUCCUCCUACUCUGCCUCUGUUGGAA